CGAGAGGGGCCGACGGGUACAGAGCGGAGGUUACCACAGGACACUGCCGCCAGUACCGCUGCUGGACCUCAACAAUAGCAGCGAGAGGCACACGGACCAGAGCUCGGAUAUCUCCCGUCGCCGCCGCUUCGACCGUUGGAUAUCCCGCCUCUCGGACGUACAGCGGCAAGUUCACACUCAUACAUGACCGCAUUAGUGAGUCAGGGCUGUGUUUUCUCCGCUGUGAGCGCCGGGACCCGGAGCGACCAGAGCGCCGCGUUUCCGCCGACUGCACCUUUUCACUUUUCGGUCUGAGCCACACUGGCUUACAGCAUGGAUGGAUUUAAGGCAGACGGUACUGGCUGUGACAUUAGAGAGACUGUCGGGGGACCCGGCUGUUCGCCCGGCUGGAUACAGUGAUUAGCGAGCGAUGUGACAGUUACCCCACACGAUACAGUUUAGCUACCGUAAAAAUACAGCGGGGGGAAAAGCACCGGAAAAAAAUCUGCUAGCGUUAACGACGCAGGAGCGGUGAAAACCGCAGGGACACGGACUGUACACGUCGAGGUCGUGGUGAACUACACGCCGCAUGUGUGCUGGUACAGUAGUGUCGUUUUUUUUUGGGUUUUUUUUCCCGGUGGUCGCCGUCUUCUUAAUCCGUCGUGUUACCAAGUAACGGGGGCUGCAGCUCGGCCAGCACUACGGUGAAGUUGGUGACACUUGUGGCGUUUGAACUGUAAAAAAAAGACGGGGACGAGCACAGCGUUUCCUUCGGUCGUCUGAACUCGUUCCGGCGGCGCAAAGUUUGACAGUCGACUGCCUGUGCCCCUCAUAGGGCCGAAAGGUCACCAGGACAGGUCAUCUCUUUUUCUCCGCGCCACCUCCUCCUCCCAUCAGUCUGUUACGAAGAUGUGACCCCCCCCCCCCCAACCCUUCAUUUUUCUCCCCUCGCCGUUUAGGACACCUCCAUAUUUUUUUUUGUUGCUUCUUUUUCCCUCCAUUUGGUACAAAGGGAUCAGACGCGACCCCUCGUACACCCCUGGGAUGUACGAAAGCGUGGACGUUGUGGGUUUCAGCCCCAGCCGCAGCAGCCCCAGCCCCGGCUCUUUUCUGAGCACGGACUACUACCACAGGACCCCGGGGCUCGGGCCGGAGAAGGUACUCCUGUCCGGUGUGGGAGGAUUCCAGCGUCCGUUCGGAGGGUCCCUGGUGAGCGGCAGGCACUGGAGCGGAUCCUGCCACUCUAUAGAGACUGAGAGCACGAGUUCAGGCGAGGACCUGCUCGUCCCCAGCCCCCCCUCACCUCCACCUCCACCCCGCAUCUACAAGCCCUGCUUUGUUUGUCAGGACAAAUCUUCAGGAUACCACUAUGGAGUCAGCGCUUGCGAGGGCUGCAAGGGUUUCUUUCGGAGGAGCAUCCAGAAGAACAUGGUGUACACAUGCCACCGAGACAAAGUCUGUGUCAUAAACAAGGUGACGAGGAACCGGUGUCAGUCCUGUCGACUGCAGAAAUGCCUCGAUGUUGGCAUGUCCAAGGAAUUGGUGCGAAAUGAUAGAACGAAGAAGAAGAAGGAGGAGAAGAGGCAGGUGGAGGCAGAGAUCUACGUUCUGUCGGCAGACACAGAGCAGAUGAUUGAACGAGUUCGCCGGGCCCAUCAGGACACAUUUCCCUCCCUCUGUCAGCUGGGAAAAUACACCACGAGCAACAGCUCAGAGCACCGUGUCUCGCUGGAUGUCAGUCUUUGGGACAAGUUCAGUGAACUGUCCACCAAAUGCAUCAUUAAGACAGUGGAGUUCGCCAAGCAGCUGCCUGGCUUCACAACGCUAACCAUCGCUGAUCAGAUCACCCUGCUCAAAGCUGCCUGUCUCGACAUAUUGAUUCUAAGGAUCUGCACUCGCUACACCCCGGACCAGGACACCAUGACUUUCUCUGACGGUUUGACUCUGAACCGCACCCAGAUGCACAACGCUGGGUUUGGACCUCUCACAGACCUCGUAUUCUCCUUCGCCAACCAGCUGCUCCCGCUGGAGAUGGAUGAUGCAGAGACGGGAUUGCUCAGUGCCAUCUGCCUGCUCUGUGGAGAUCGACAGGAUCUGGAGGAACCAGAAAAGGUGGAUGUUCUUCAGGAGCCAAUGCUAGAAGCCUUGAAGAUCUAUGUGAGGAGGAGGAGGCCUGAUAAACCCUGUAUGUUCCCCAAAAUACUGAUGAAGAUUACUGACCUCAGGAGCAUCAGUGUGAAGGGAGCAGAGCGAGUGAUCACACUGAAAAUGGAGAUACCCGGCUCCAUGCCUCCUCUCAUCCAGGAGAUGCUGGAGAACUCUGAGGGUCUGGAGGGGCACGGAGCCGGGGGGGAGAAAGGAGGAGGAAAAGGUAGAGGAGGAGGCAGAGAAGAGGAUGCAACAGACAUCGGGAGCUGCCAUCCAAGUCCAUCGCCCAAAUCAUUCCCCUCUCCCAGCCUAAGCCCCAUACCCCGCAGCCCCUCUUCCCCCUCCCCCUCGACCUGAAGUUCAACACUCAGCACCUGUGCUCCACACAGCGCCCCCCGGGGGGGCACGGUGUGAUACUGCAAGAAAACCAUCCACAUGGCAGACACACAGAGAAGGAAGGCAGAAAAAAACUGCACCUAAUAGCUGAAAAUCUGGAGGACAAAAAGGUCUCAGUGUCUGAACCCAUAAACUCUCCUGGUUACUGGUUAGAAUGGGAGGGAGGCUGAAUAUCUUUAUACAAAUGUUGCAUUGAAUGAAAGCAGGUAAACUAUGACAUUAGGGCUGAUUUGUGUUCAGACAUUAGUUUCAUACAUACAGUGCAAAAAAUGUGAUUUCACUUUUUUAAAAAUCUUUUUAUAAUGCCUAAAAUGUUAAUUAUUUGCAGACUGUGUGAACCUAAAUGAAGGAUUAUCUAUCGACUCUAGACAACUAUGGACAGACCGAUGAAGAGGAUUCGUCUGCAAUCAUACACUUCCUCUCUAAUGAAAAGUCAUGUAUAAUAUGCAGAAUCUAUAUAAGAGUAAAGCUCCUCCAAAGGCAUGAGCGAGACACGGUGGCAGUUUUCAAAAGCCUUCAGUUUGACGUUGAAACCGUCAUCAGGAGCAGGCAUAGGAGCCAAGGUAACAACAGCAGAUAAGUACCCGCCAUGCGGGCUGAUUGCUCGGGUACAUCCGUUCGUAGGCUGAAAGCUCAAAAAAAAUGCCACCGUGCCUCCGUCAGGCCUUUGGAGGAACUUAACUCUACAUGUGUUGAGUAAUAGUGGAUCUCCUGGUAUAUGCAGAAUCAUUAUGUAUCAUAUAUUGUAUAUAAAAAAGGCUGCAAAAGAAGUUGUGGGACUGAGAUGGACUGAUACAAGAAGCUAUUUUCCUAAAUGUACAUUUAUUUCCCCGAUUCAGCCGUAAAGACUUCUUCCCUCAUCGUCUUUUCACCAUCACCAAAACCCCCCGAAUUACCCCCACUCUUCUCCUUUCCUUCUCCUCACAGACACAUCAGGGAAAAGUAGUAAUCCUUGACUUAAAUUCCCUUCUCUCAAAUCAGAAGUGUAAACAAGAACUACAGACUUUCUACCACUUCAGGCAAAUGGUUUUCUCUGUGUUUUACCUUUCACCAUCAUCUGUAGUUAAGGAUGUACUUGGGGUUAUUUUCAGAUGCAGCUCCUGCAGCUCAAAUUACGUCAACAAACUGUGAAACAUAAGAAAUUUUCAUUUGAAAAUACAAUGUCUGCCUGUUGGUGGAGACAUUCCGACCAAAGCAAACUGUGAUACCUGAAAUGCAAACGCCCUUCACAAGAGUGCUCCCGUCUGUUAACAAACCCCCACUGUGGCACGAGCAGAGUAAUAGUUUAACGAAGGUCAUACGGAAUUCUCAUCUUCACUGAUGACAGUUGCUGCCAAAACAUGUAUCUAAAUGUACAAAUUGUAUUUUGUUUUUACAGUCUGCACAAUUUACUGUUAUAGUAUGCUUACACAGUGCCACUGCCUACUGUCAGGUACAAAUCUUGUAACUCCAGUUUCAGGCCUCUUUAAUUUAUGGUGAGGUAGAACUCAUUGCAAAGUAUAAAAAUGCAGGGAGUUAAAUAAAGGUGUUUGAUUUUCUUCUAAUAU